AUCUCUCAAAGGGGUUCCUGGUUAAGUUCACUGAAUCAUCUGUAGUCUUUUUCACACUCGUGCCUGCUUCUCUGACCAGAAUCAUCAUGCCUCGGGGCCAGAAGAGUAAGCUUCGUGCCCGUGAAAAACGCCGCCAGGCUCGAGAAGAGUCAGGGCAUCUGGUGGAUGCUCAGGCUACUGUACCAGAGAAAGAAAAGCCCUCUUCAUCUCCAUCUCCUCAUUUCAAAGAUGCUCCCCAGAGCUCACCUGCCACAGGAGCACACAGUAAUCCUCAAAUUACUGGCAGAGUCCACUCCACCAGCACUACUGCUGAAGCUGCCAAAAAUCAAGUGGAGGAAAAGCCAAAUGCCUCACAGGCCAAGGAUACCACUGAGCACUGGCCCAGAGGCCCUAUAGAUAAGAAGGUUGCUAUGUUGGUAUACUACCUGCUGUACAAGUAUCAAAUGAAAGAGUCCAUUACCAAGGCAGAUAUGCUGAAAAAUGUAAUCCAGAUUUACAAGAAUCACUUCCAUGAGAUCCUCUGGAAAGCCUCUGAGCACUUGGAGCUGGUGUUUGGCCUUGACGUGAAGGAAGUGGAUCCCAACAGGAACAUCUAUGUUCUUGUCAACAAAUUGGAAUCCACCUAUAAUGGAAGAGUAAAUGAGAAUGGAGGUGUGCCCAAGACUGGCCUGUUGAUGACUGUCCUGGGCGUGAUCUUCACAAAGGGCAACUGUGCCACUGAGGAGCAAGUCUGGGAAGUGCUGAAUAUGAUGGGGUUAUAUGAUGGAAUGAAGAACUUCAUCUAUGGGGAGCCCAGGAAGCUCAUCACCAAAGAUUGGGUGAAAGAAGAGUACCUGGAGUACCGGCAGGUGGCCGACAGUGAUCCUCCACGCUACGAGUUCCUGUGGGGUCCCAGAGCCCACGCUGAGACCAGCAAGAUGAGAGUCCUAGAGUUUGUGGCCAAGAUCCAUAAUACCGUCCCAAGUGCCUUCCCAACCUGGUAUGAAGAGGCUUUGAGAGAUGAGGAAGAGCGAGCUAGAGCCAGAGUUGUAGCCAAGGCUUGUACCGCUGCUAUGGCAAGUGCACGCUCCAGGGCCAUGGCCAGCAGCUUCUCCUGCCCCAAGUGAAGUUUGAAGAAGGUUAUUACUAUGUGUUUGAAGAGAAGAGCUAAUGUUCUCAUUAGUGAAAGAUCAGGGUGAGCCUGGAGAUAAGAGAGUACAUGACACAUUUGUGUUCCUGUUUUACAUAAUAAUCUGGAUAUUUGUCUGUUUUUUUGUGUUUUUUUGUUUGUUUGUUUUCUUUUG